UUUAGUUUAUUACGCUAAUAUAUGAAAUGGGCACAUCUCGAGAGAGUUUUUUUUUUUUUUUUUUCAGCUGUUUGUUUCUAUCAUGUUCGGUAACGUGAGUUCUUUUGUUUCUAUAAAUUAAUUUCUGUUGAAAUCUGCGUAUGUGUUUCUGUGAACUUGAGUUGCUACUUCAGUUUAUUACGCCAAUAUCUGAAAUGGGCAUAUCUCGAGAGAGCUUUUUUUCAGUUGGGUUGGGAUGAAUUCCCAGUUUUUUUUGACUUUGGGGUUUGGUUUGAUUUGCUGAGAGCUUGAGAUACGAAAUCUGGAGAGCUAUCUUUAUAUCUCUGUAUAUCUCUGUUUGGAUAUCUGAAUAUUUGCUUUCUGUAAAAUACCGUGAGCCCGUGACCAGACUUUGGGUGGUUAUACCGAUCACAUCAUCAUAAGGUUACGUUUCGUACUCCCUGAGAGAACUUAUUCUCCUCCAUUUUUUUUCUGGGUUUCCCGAAUUCUAAUUUUUUUCUUCUUCUUCUAUAAAUCUGAUCAGAGUGUGAAUGGCUCAUCCCUUUCUUCCAGUCUCACUGCCUCUUUUUUUUUAUCUAUUUUUAUGAGCUUUAAGAUGAAGUUGCUGCCAUCUAGGGAACUCCCUUAUCGUGUAUCUUAGUUGUUUAUUUUGAAUUUGCUUCUGGGUCUUGUUGAAAUUUAAGGAUUUAUCUUUAUCUACUUAGAGAGCUGAACAGAAGCCCAUUUCGAGCUUUGUGUUGGCUAGUUCGAUACUGUGCUAUGAGUUACGGAUAGAGCUUAUUUUUGUAGUCUCAUAAUAAGAUAAGAGAGAAAAGGGUGGUGCAAAUGUGUUAAGCUAACACACUUUUGCAUGCUUGACUGAAUGAGUUGGUUGAUUUCUGUAAAUUUUGCAUCCCAAAAGCAGGUGAUAUUUGAAUUUAUUGUGAGAAUUCAGCAUUGUCUUCGAUAGGACUUCUUGAGAUAAGUCUCUGUUUUGGGUUUACUUGGAGAUGCAAAAUGGAGACAAAACAAAAGAUGUCAGAGUUUCGAGAGAGGCUGGAUAUGACACUUGCAUCUCAGAAUCUUGCAGAUGAGGAACAUAUUAAGAACCUUGUCAAGAAACAACUUCAACGCUCCUCACAACAGGACAAGACUCAGGAACCCACUGAGAAUAUUGUAGAAAAAAGGACCAAGGAAGCAUUAAACUUCCUCGACAUGUUGAAGAGUACUUCCCAAAAUGACAGUGAUGUGUCAAAGACUCAUGAAAAAUCGCAUGCCUGUUGGAAGCUACAAGCAGACAAUGAAGAAUUCCGUGUUAUGUAUCGAGAAGGCCCCCAGGGCACUCCCUUUCAUAUGCUACUUGUAGAAGGCUUUGUUGAUGCACCUGUUGAUGUUUGUUUAUGUGUUUCAUGGCAGUCAUCGCUUUAUAAAAAAUGGUGGCCUCAGUUUACUAUCCCGACUUUCAAAAUUACCACAUCCAAAUGUUUGCAAAAGGUUCGAAUCGGUGAACAGAUAUGUCUAGUGAGGAUGAAGUUUUCAUGGCCACUGUCAGCUAGAGAAGCUGUUGUGCAUUUUUUGGAGUUGGAGUUUUUUGAAGAAGAUCUUGUUAUUGUGCUCAUAAACUCGAUAUCAGACUUACAGAGUAUUGAUAGAACUACACAUGGGUUCACCAAUGAGGGGAUACCUGAAGAAAAGGAUGUGAUACGAAUAGAUGUUGUUGGAGGCUUUGCUAUACAAAAGGUGUCCUCAAAUAGAAGUUACUUUCGGACAAUAGCAACUAUGGAUAUCAAAUUGGAGUUUGUUCCUCCGGCACUAAUUAACUUUGUCUCGAGGCAGCUUAUUGGCAGCGGUUACAAGCUUUACAAAAAGACAGUUACUUCUGCAGCCAGGGGUGAUGAGGAUUUCAGCAAGGCCUUGGAGGAGGACCCACUCUAUUCUCAGAUUCGGGAAGGUUUAAACCCUCACAAUAAACUCCAGAAGGCUCUCAUAUGUGAGAAUUUUACUUUUCCUAUCCCUGAAGAAGAUGCAAACAGAAGUCCACAGGCUAAUGAAUCAGUUAAUGACCAAGUGUCCCUUGGUAUUGACCUUGCAAGUGAAGCUCUGCAAGCUGAUUCUCUGGUUACUAAUCAGACAUGUUGUGGAGAAAUAGAGGAGGAACUGAUUGAAGAAGACGAACAAUUAGAGAGGAGUGGCAAAGGCAUGGAUCACUCUCCGACCAAUCAUUUUGCAGAACCAUGUCAUGUCAACAAGGAAAAGAAGGUUUUUGUCAGUCCUGAGGUGGAAAAUGCUCUAGGCAUACUAAAUGAGGCCAUAUCUAUGGUUCGAGAGAGUAGAGUUUUUCAACAAAGUUCCUCUACUGGUCCCACUAAUCAAGAGUCUCCAAAUCUUAAAAGAGUUAUGGGGGCAGGCUCCUGUUUUUCAGGAGAUGGUGCCCUUCCUGUAGGGGAAGUCUGUGUUGUGGCACCAGAAGUGGAUAACAUGAAUAGGUCAUCAGAUGAAGCUGGUGAUGUCUCUGGCAUUCUUAAUACCAGGGAAGCCAAACCAGAAUCUCCAACAAAAGAACUGAUCCGGAACCAGAUAAUGCCAGUAUCUCCAGAACAAAAUUUCCCAAUUUCAAGCAAAUCUCAGAAGGUUAUGUCGACUUCUCAAAAUGGGACAACACCAAAGGCGCCAAUGUUGGAGAACAAGGCGAAUGGUUUUAAGGAAGUUAAUGUCGAAUCAAAUGGCAUACUUGCAAGUUCAAAGGGUAAGAGAGAGAUGUUGCGGCGACAAAAGAAGAAACAAUGGAUCUGUUGCUUACACUUGGGUCCAAGCUAAGUCAAUGGUUUGGUUGAAUCUUUUCACAUGGAGAGGAGCUGCUGGCCGGAAACUUGGCUCAUAUGAGAUGAUUUGGCAGGUGCAUAUAUGAAUCCUUUUGGGGUUGCCAACUGUAUCCAGUUCUCUUGAGGGAAAAUUGGUUCUGCUGCUGCUAGUGCAGUGAUCCAAGACCAUCGAGCCGUUUUCAGUGCAUCAAAAUCUGUUUGUUUGACAAGGCAACUCCUGAGGAAUCUGAAGUGGCUGACUUCAAGCUUACUUUGCAAUGUCUUUCUGAAUUCAGUUAAUGAACAUUUUUGUUGGCUCUCUACCCCCUUACUGUCUCUUUGAGGCUUGGGCCUCUGAUUAUAGUCAUGUAACCCUUUUUUUUAUAAUAGAAAAAAGAAACCCCUUUUGCUAA